GUGAAUUCUAAACGGGAACACCCAUUGUUGGUUCUUCAUCUACGAUAUUUGUAAAAUCUGGCAUUUGUUUCACUAGAUCGAUCGGAUGAAACUUAAUUUGGAAGGAGUUGGUGGUGGUUGCCGGAUGUCGUUGAUGCCUUCGCCGGAGACUUUGAUGACUAACCAUGGAGGAGUAGGAGAUGGAGGAAUCUUAGGAACCGUUGGGGCAACGAAGUUCAUGAGGAUCAUAGAAGAAGAUUGUAAUUCGUCCGGCAGUUCGUCGAUUGGCAACAAUAGCGACGAUGAUGAUGAUCGCGAAGGGGAUGCUGAGAGUCCUUAUAGGUAUGAUCAUCACAACAACAAUAAUAACAACAAAAUCAACAAUGGAUCUCUCGAUGAUGCACUUCAAGCUCUGGAAGAAGCGCUGCCGAUUAGACGGGGAAUAUCAACAUUCUACAAUGGGAAGUCAAGGUCAUUCACAUGUUUAGCCGAUGUGUGGCCCUCAUCACCACCAUCAAUUAAAGACAUAGCAAAACCAGAGAAUGCCUACACCAGAAAACGAAGAAAUCUUCUAGCUUCGACUCUUUCAUCUUCAAAGAACAAGAACCGAGCUUUCCAACUAUCAAACAUUAGCAUAGGACGGAUAUCAAAGAAAUCCAAAACCUUAACUUUGCAAUUUGCAUCAGAAAAUGAGGAUCACGACGUAAAAACACAACCUCAAUUCAACAAAACAUCAUUGUUAAAGAAGCAAAAUGUAUCCUCCAUGAGAUCAUUUUCAUCAAUGGUCAACUUGCAUCCGUGUAGCUCUAGAUUUGGCUUAAAUUCCACCGAGAUCAGAAAUUGUUAAGAGUUACAUUACACCACUAUGUCCAACUGGUCCUUUUUUAAACGAUCUUUUUUCUAA